CCGUGUCCCAUUGUGUACAAUGCCUGAAGACAACAACGGCACAGACAACAGGAGAACUGGCACAUAAGCUGCAGGCAACCUUCUUUCUUUCAAACCGACGACAGCUCUGCCAGAGAAGGCCCGGAUCUCUGACACCUGGACUGAUUCGAGGAAGUCUUUAGUCUUUCUUGAGAAUCCCGCUCCAGACCUCAUUGGCAUACUCGAUCAAGGAUAGCGUCAUGGCUUUGUACAGAGUUAUCCGUCGGACGAAAGACAUUCUUUUCAGAAGGCGACCAGCAUCUAUAACCAUGGGACAAGAAGAAUCUAAGCCAGCAGGACCCAAACUCCCGGAGACCAUCGGAGGGAAGUUCUCAGGCCACGCGUUUCCGUUCGAGAACUUGGUGUUGGAAGGAGGUGGCGCUAAAGGAAUCGCUUACAUAGGAACUUGUAAGGUCCUAGAGGAUGCCGGGAUAAUGCCACAGAUCAAACGGUUCGCCGGGACCAGCGCAGGCGCAAUCACUGCCGCCCUCCUCGCCAUCGGGAUGACGUCACAGGAGCUGUUGGACGAGCUGAGCGCGCAGAAUCUGCUGGAAGUCGUGCUAGAUACCCGUUGGACCAAGUCCAGCUGGAUUCCCGGCAUGGGGACCGUCGGGCGCCUCUGGGACGUUCUCAACGAGCGGGGCGCAUGUCCGGGAGAGAAGUUCCUGGAAUGGUUCGGAGACAUCUUGGAGAGGAACUUAAAGAAACGAGGUCUGCCCUUGGGCAAGGACGUCACGUUUGAUCAGAUCUACCAUGUUCUCGGUAAGGAGCUGUGUAUUGUGGCCUACAACAUGAACUACAACCGAGAAUCCUACUUCCACGUCAAGACCACGCCCAUCAUGAGGGUCCGGGAGGCAGUGCGCAUGUCCAUGUCAAUUCCAGUGGUGUUCCAGCCAUACGAACUAGAGAAUCUCUUCACCUACAUCGAUGGUGGACUGGCGGCCAACUUUCCACUUUACGCCUUUGACGGUUGGUACUUGUCCAUGGACAAGCAGGACACCUUCUACAAACGCCUCGAGGCGCUCAAGGAAGACGACGAAGAUGUUGAUCACCUGCGCAGGGUGUUCUACCCCGAGUACAGAAUGGAACGGUUUGCGAUCCAAGGGCAGCAGUUCCAGAAAACUCUCGGCGUUCUAAUCUUUUCUAACUCAGACCGAGAGGUUUACCAGGAUCAGUUCCAGCACAAGCUAAAUGAGCUGAUAAAGAGAGAUCCAAGCUUCAUAAAGAGCAGGCCUGAUACAGAGAAAGCCAGAGCUUUUGUUAAGCAGCAACAAAAGCAGCGAAACGCACGAAAUGAGGGGGUAAAGUCGUUCAAGACCCUAGUGGAUAGCCGAAUGAGGAAACUGAUUGAGCGGAUUGCCGGACCUGAUGUCAUGGAUCAUAUUGACGGCGGAGUUAUAGAUAUUCCCGACCCUCCAAUUCUGGGGACAGGCGCUGGAGGAUUUUCGAUAGCAACAGUUGCACCACCACCGCAGGAACCGAGGAUCACAAUCGAGGAAGCCAAGCAGCAUUUUUUCAAGGUCUGUUACAACGCACGUUGUUCUGAAUUAGUCUUUAUCAAACUAACUACGCUGGCUACGUUGGAAUUUUGUCAGCGCAGGGUUUGAUCGUGGACUGACUCC